AUGUAUCAGCCUUUGGGAUUCCGGGAUCCGGCUCGUCCUGAUCAUGUUUGUCUCUUGUGUAAGUCUCUUUAUGGCUUAAAACAGGCACCACGGGCAUGGUAUCAGCGUUUUGCUGAAUAUGUGGCAACCAUUGGUUUCUCGCAUAGUACAUCUGACAACUCUCUCUUCACUUAUUGUCGUGGAAAGGAUACUGCUUUCAUUUUGUUAUAUGUGGAUGAUAUUAUUCUAACUGCAUCUUCAAACUUUCUCAGACUAGUCUCCCGGGACAAAAAUAGCCUAUUCAUGUUUCAGAGUUCUUAUGCAGAGGAUAUUCUUGACAGGGCAGGCAUGUCACAAUCAAGCUUAGGGAAUCUUAAGGAUCUAGUGGUUCUUGACUUAUCGUCAAACAACUUAGGUGGUUCUUUACCUCCAAAAAUUGGAAAUUUAAAGAUUAAGACACUGAUGGAUCUGUCAAUGAAUCAAUUCUCAAAUGGAAUUCCUAGACAAAUUAGAGGAUUGCAAAAUCUGGUGCACCUUUCUUUGAGACACAACAAAUUGCAAGGAUCUAUACCUGACUCAAUGAGCAACAUGGUAGGUUUGGAAUUUCUAGACCUUUCUCAUAAUAAUAUAUCUGGAAUCAUUCCCUAG